AUGUCAUUCACAGACGACUCGCAAAGAGACUUAGUUGAAAGAAGACUAAGAUAUGCAACCAUAGUUUUGAUUAUACUUUUAGCAGCUGCUUAUGGAUCCUGGAAUAUAUAUCGCAUGGUAGAGUCUGUAAACUCACCCGUAGUAUCAUUAAAGUCCGAAUUGCGCUCCAGUAUACCAGUACCAGGUUUGGUCAUUUGUGGAGAUACGAUACACAGAUCUGCAAACUGGUCUGUUCGAUGUUACAAAAGUCAAAUCAAUGCUGCUGAUGACAAUUAUACUGAUGCAACAAGUUGUGAUGAAUACUUAUCAAGUCAACCGAUUAAUGCGUCAACUUUUUUUAAUAUGCACGGAUACAACAAUCUUGAUAAACAAUUUUGUUACAUUUUAAACACUUCACGACCAUUUGAUGAAUCUCAUGGAGUGGAUCCGCUUGUAUUUGAUAAUUCGACUCAAAAAAUUGCAAUUACAUUAUGGUCAGACGAAAAAGCUAACAACAUUAAUGGAAACAUUACUGUAGAUCGUUGGUUCGUGUACGGAACAUUUACUGAAUCAGAAGAUUAUAGGUAUACUAAAUUCCAAAUUGUCAAAAUGCCAUCUAUUUCGUAUUUAUAUUCUAAAAGAAUAGAAAAGUAUGGUAUCAACAAAAAAGACAUCAUAACCGGAGGUGGAACUGCACAAACUAUCCAAAAGUCUAUCGAGAGUGAUGAAACGUUUACAAGCUUUGCAAUUGCAGGAUUUGGAGUUGACCCAAAUCUUUGGGAAAUCUUCAGAAUCAUUCCAGCAAAAUAUGCUGACGAACAAGUAAAUUCCAAAUUUCUCGUAGAGCUUUGGUAUGAUCGAGUAGAAUUUACAUUUUUACAAUUUACUGCCAACAUGGGAGGCUUUCUAAGCGUACUUAGUGUUGCUUAUCUUUCUCUAUUUGGAUCACGAAGGAUAAAUCCUUGGGGUGUUGUUCAACGUCAUUUACUUAAAGUAGUGCCAUACACGGCAGUGUCUUAUUCUUCAUCUGCUGAGAUUAUUGAACCACAAAUACAUGAACCAUAUUCCUCAGAGAAAGGUAUUUUGUCGAUGUCAACCACAGAUAUGGAUAAGCUGAGCAUUCAUCAGAUAAAACAGGAUUUGCGUGAAGAAAUGCAGAAAAUUAUUAAAAGUGAAUUAGUAAAAUUAAAGGAGUUUCUGAACAAACAUUAUCUUAAAGAUGUCGAUAAGUACUAA